AUUAUGGAUUAUUUCAUUAUAUAAAAAUAAAGCAACACGUGGUCAUCUCUUCCCUCAUCCAAUUAAUUGAUAAGGGAAUCUCAGUGGCUGCAGCUUCUUCAACCUCAGAGACGGAGGAACUUUGGAAUAAUUACUCAUCAGAUGUGACAUGCCUUCUUCUUAGUUGUUAUUUCCGACUUGGAUCAUCUCCUCCGCAGCCUCUGUUCUUGUACACACUUGUCGAAGAUGACCAAGUGCUUUAGCUUGACAGAAUCCAAGAACUGGUGUUACAGAUCCACCUUCGGGAGGUCGGGGCUCCGAUCCUCCACCACUGACCUGAAAGACGGCACCAUCAUGCAUUGCUGGGUGCCUAAGACCCCAGUAGAGUCUAAACCAAAUCUGCUCCUCAUCCACGGGCUUGGAGCCAACGCAUUGUGGCAAUGGGGCGACAUCAUCCGCCACCUAACCCCUUUCUUCAACGUGUACGUGCCGGACCUUCUCUUCUUCGGUGGAUCCUACACGACCCGCCCCGAGCGGAGCGACUCCUUCCAAGCUCAGUGCCUGAUGCGGGUCAUGGAGGCUAACUCCGUACAGAGGCUGAGUCUGGUGGGGUUAAGCUACGGUGGGUUCGUGGGAUACAGCAUGGCGGUUCAGUACGAGGAAAUCGUGGAGAGGGUGGUGCUGUGCUGCUCCGGCGUGAGCAUGGAAGAAAAGGACCUGAAGGAAGGCCUUUUCCCGGUGGACUUCGAAGAAGCUGUCAACAUUUUGGUGCCGCAGACGCCGGAGAGGCUUAAAGAGCUCCUCGGCUUCACACUUUCCAGACCCUCUACGGUGGCUUGGUUGCCUUCUUGUCUCCUUAUUGAUUUCAUUGAUGCAAUGUGCAGGGAUCAUGUAGAAGAGAGGAGGGAAUUGAUCCGAGCAAUCACGAAAGGCCGAAAACUUUCUGAUCUCCCAAGGAUUUCGCAGCCUACGUUACUGGUCUGGGGAGAACGUGAUCAAGUAUUCCCAUUGGAACUGGCUCACAGAUUGAAAAAGCAUUUGGGGGACAACGCUGAACUAGUAGUCAUAAAGAACACAGGACACGCCCUCAAUGUGGAGAAGGUCAGGGAGUUCUCCAACGUCUUGAGGUCUUUCCUUGUCGAUCUGAAGCCUCCUGCGGCUGCAGACACUCCAUCCCCCAGACCUCACAACAGAUCAUGACUUUAAACGCCAAAGUGAUCUUUAUGUCGGAAUUUUUCAAUUUUUUCUGCUGCCCAAUUAUUGUAAUAUUUCUCAUUAAAGCAAGUCAUUGUACAAGAAUUCGCUGAUUUCAUUUUGGCUUCGUUGUGAGGAGCCUCCAAAAAUAAACUUGCAUAACACAA